AUGUCCAUUCUUAUUACUGGAGCGGCAGGUUUCAUCGGUCAAGAGCUGACUACAGCGCUCCUCAAGUCUGCCCCUUCUUCCACCCGCCUUACGAUAACUGAUGUCACGACUCCCAUUAUACCAGUUUCUGCCCAGGAGCAUGCAUCGCAGGUCAAGUCGGUCAAGGCUGAUCUCACCUCCCGUUCUGCUGUCGACGGGCUCAUUUCGAAAUCUGCAGCAUACGAUGUCGUCUACCUUGUCCAUGGAAUUAUGUCAAGUGCAUCUGAAGCUGAUUUCGACCUGGGAAUGUCAGUAAACUUCUUCGCAACGCAUUAUAUCUUGGACCGGCUUCGUCACACCAUGCCAGGCGUUAAAGUUGUUUUCACAUCCACAUUAGCUGUUCAUGGCCCCACGGCUGCAGGCUUUAUCAUCAACGAGCGCAACCUACCGCAAAUCCCGACAUCAUCGUACGGUACGCAAAAAAUGGUAGUUGAGUUGCUAAUCAAUGAUUACUCCCGGCGGGGUUUUAUCGACGGGCGAUCUGUCCGACUGCCUACUGUUACCGUUCGAGCGGGAAAACCAACCCAGGCAGCUAGUAGCUUUGCGAGCGGAAUCAUUCGCGAACCAUUAAAUGGGAAGAGAAGUAUUUUACCUGUCAAACGCGAUACGGAACUAUGGAUCUGUUCCCCAUACACCGUUGUGGAGAAUCUGAUUCUCGCAAAGGAUAUCCCCAAGGAAGCCUUUGGUGAUUCCCGAUCCGUCAAUCUCCCGGGUGUAAAGGUAACAGUGCAGGAAAUGCUGGAUGUUUUGGAAGAGCUUGCCGGAAAGGAGCGAAGAGAACUGGUGGAGGAAAAUUACGAUCCGGCAAUUGAUAGAAUAGUGUCAGGGUGGUCACCUAAUUUUGAUACUUCGUGGGCAAAGUCACUAGGAUUCAAGGAGGAUAUGCCUUUUAUACACAAUGUGAAGAGGUAUAUAAGAGAUACUUCCUAA